AAAGGAGUAGCGCGAAAUAACCACCGCGCGGAAAGCGGAAAACACGAAUAGAAGAAUUUCCCAAUGUUCUCUCUCAGUCUUACCCCUGCAGCUCAUCUCCUCCUCCAGAAAAGAUCCGGCUGCUUUCCGGCUAGAAUUCCGGUCAGUUCCUUCACCGUUCGAUCGUCUUCAAGUCUUCAGGAGGUCGAGAAGUUUUCAGAAUCAUCAUCUGACCGGAAAGACCUCAGUUCGGAGCUUUACGCUUCGGUUCCGUUGCCUCCGAUUAAGACUGCAAAGAGAGUGGUUCUGGUCAGGCAUGGGCAGAGCACGUGGAAUGCGGAAGGUAGAAUCCAAGGAAGCUCCAAUUUCUCUGUUCUCACUAAGAAAGGGGAGGCUCAGGCAGAGACCUCUCGCCAAAUGCUCAUCGAUGAUGCAUUUGAUGUCUGCUUCAGCAGCCCCCUAGUGCGAUCAAAGAGAACUGCGGAAAUUAUAUGGGGUGAUCGUGAAGAGGUGAUACUUACGGACUCCGAACUAAGGGAAAUAGAUUUAUAUUCAUUUCAAGGUCUACUCAAGCACGAGGGGAAGGCAAAAUUUGGUGCCGCUUAUCGUCAAUGGCAGGUAGAUGCUGCAAAUUUUCACAUUGAUGGUCACUAUCCAGUGAGGGAGUUGUGGGCACGUGCUCGAAAUUGCUGGGAUAGAAUUCUAGCCCACGAGAGCAGGUCUGUCCUAGUAGUUGCUCACAAUGCUGUCAAUCAGGCUCUUGUUGCCACAGCUAUCGGAUUAGGAUCUGAGUACUUCAGGGUUUUACUUCAGAGCAACUGUGGUGUUAGCGUUCUUGAUUUCACUCCUCAUGCUGAGGGUGGAUCUCCAAUUAUUUGUUUAAACCGUUUAAAUCAGACCCCAAACUCACCUGUUGCUUCCGGUAGUUCUGGAGGCAGGAAAGCAACAAAAAGGAUCAUACUUGUUUGCCAUGGAGUUUCUGAGGAUAAUAAGGCCAGUUCUUCCUUCCUGGAGGACAAGCCAAUGAACAUGCUUGGGGUUAUACAGUCCCAGAAAGUUGCAGAGCUCCUUCUUGAUCUAAAAGUGAGCGCUGUAAUAAGCAGUUCCAAGAAAGCUUGUGUAGAGACGGCUGUAGCAAUUUCCAGAGUACAAGAAGCUGCAGAUUGCUUGGGUGCUGAUUGCGUGCCUCGCUAUGUGGAGAUGAGGCAGACGAAUAAACUUGAUGUAGACAAUAUUCCUGAUCAUUUCAAGCAGGAUAUAGGUGACACUAAUGUCUUUGAACCUGGUUGGUUAAACAAAUUGAACGGUGGGGUGAUUACAGAAGUGUGGAAUCAGAGUGGCGAAGCCUGGAAGUCUCUAUUAAAUGAGGUGGCUGAUGAAAAGGAGCCGGAAAAGAUUAUUGUUGUGGUUGGUCAUCCUGCCAUUCUUUUAGGAUUAGUGGGGCAGUGCCUAAAUAUCACAAAAGACUGGAUUGGAUCAUUUCAUCUGGAUGCUGGAAGCGUUAGUGUGUUUGACUUCCCUGAUGGGCCUAGUGGCAGAGGUGUUGUCCGAUGCAUAAAUUACACUGCUCAUAUGGGGAGAUGGUCAAUUCCGAUUACUAAACCUACCGUGGAUGAUGAAGAGUUUUAACGGUGGACAGAAAACACUUGAAAGGAACUCAAGACCUCUAUAGAAUUCGCCCGAACAGUAUGUUGAUGCGCUUGAAAUUGCCACAUGCAAGAAAACCUAGGGUUUGGGAGAGAAUCUCGAGGCUAUCACAAAGAGGAGUUGAAGAAAAAGAGAGUUAACAGUCUGUAAUUAAGUUCGUUGUUUUAUAAGUUUGUCAGUUAAAUAGUAUAUUUUGAUACUUUUUGUGCCGUUUUAGAUCGGCUAUUAUAAACAUCAGAAAUUCUCUCUCUGAAAAAAAUGAGAAAUUAUAAUAGUAUUUCUCAAGGAAAAGAAAAGAAAAGAAAAGGAAAUGUUAAAUUGCAAAAUUGGUCUCAGUUUGGAGAAA